AUUUAUUUAGCCCAUUUAUAAAAAACAAAGCCAUAGAAAAUAUUCAGUCAGAAAGCAGGGUUCAUUCACAGUUCUCAUCUCAACUCUUGUCAUCAUCCAACUUUGCUGUUCAACUUCUGUUCUCUGCUAUAAAAGAAUAUAUAUAUAUAUAUAUAAAGUGGGAUAUCCUUAAGAUAAAACUUAAUUUAUCAAUCCUUUUCAUUUUGCACCAUGAGACCUUUGACUGAGCAGGAAACGAAGACAUUUUUCGAAAAGUUGGCCAAAUACAUUGGACGCAACAUUACGCAUCUAAUUGACAGAGGUGAUGAAACAUACUGCUUCCGACUUCAUCGUGAUCGAGUAUACUAUGUCAGUGAAGCUGUAAUGAGAAAGGCUACAAGUGUUGGGCGUGAUCAGUUGAUCUCGCUUGGUAUUUGCUUCGGGAAAUUCACAAAGACUGGAAAGUUCCGUAUGCAUGUCACUUGUUUGGAUUAUAUCGCUCAGUAUGCCAAGCACAAGGUCUGGAUCAAGCCCAACGGCGAGAUGCCCUUUUUGUAUGGAAACCACGUAGUGAAAGCUCAUAUCGGCCGUGUUACAGAAGAUACUCCAGAGCAUCAGGGAGUCAUUGUCUAUUCCAUGACAGAUGUCCCCCUUGGCUUUGGAGUAACAGCUCGAUCAACAUCUGACACUCGCAAGCUGGAGCCCACAGCCAUUGUAGUCUUCCAUCAAGCCGAUAUUGGAGAGUAUCUUCGCCAGGAAGAUACCUUGUUUUAAAAAAAACAAAAAAAAACCCAUUCAUUCAUCAUUGUCAUCACCAGCAUUAAAUGAAAA